AUGGUCCAGUCUGUGUCCUCAGUCUGUGUCCUCAGUCUGUGUCCUCAGUCUGUGUCCUCCAGUCUGUGUCCUCCAGUCUAUGUCCUCAGUCUGUGUCCUCCAGUCUGUGUCCUCCAGUCUGUGUCCUCCAGUCUGUGUCCUCCAGUCUGUGUCCUCCAGUCUGUGUCCUCCAGUCUGUGUACUCCAGUCUGUGUCCUCCAGUCUAUGUCCUCAGUCUGUGUCCUCCAGUCUGUGUACUCCAGUCUGUGUCCUCCAGUCUGUGUCCUCCAGUCUGUGUCCUCCAGUCUGUGUCCUCAGUCUGUGUCCUCCAGUCUGUGUCCUCCAGUCUGUGUCCUCCAGUCUGUGUCCUCCAGUCUGUGUCCUCCAGUCUGUGUCCUCCAGUCUGUGUCCUCCAGUCUAUGUCCUCAGUCUGUGUCCUCCAGUCUGUGUACUCCAGUCUGUGUCCUCCAGUCUGUGUCCUCCAGUCUGUGUCCUCCAGUCUGUGUCCUCAGUCUAUGUCCUCAGUCUGUGUCCUCCAGUCUGUGUCCUCAGUCUAUGUCCUCCAGUCUGUGUCCUCCAGUCUGUGUCCUCAGUCUGUGUCCUCCAGUCUGUGUCCUCCAGUCUGUGUCCUCCAGUUUGUGUCCUCCAGUCUGUGUCCUCCAGUCUGUGUCCUCAGUCUAUGUCCUCCAGUCUGUGUCCUCAGUCUGUGUACUCCAGUCUGUGUCCUCCAGUCUGUGUCCUCCAGUCUGUGUCCUCCAGUCUGUGUCCUCCAGUCUGUGUCCUCAGUCUGUGUCCUCCAGUCUGUGUCCUCAGUCUGUGUCUUCAGUCUGUGUCCUAAAGUCUGUGUACUCCAGUCUGUGUCCUCAGUCUGUGUCCUCAGUCUGUGUCCUCAGUCUGUGUCCUCCAGUCUGUGUCCUCCAGUCUGUGUCCUCCAGUCUGUGUCCUCCAGUCUGUGUCCUCCAGUCUGUGUCCUCCAGUCUGUGUCCUCCAGUCUGUGUCCUCCAGUCUGUGUACUCCAGUCUGUGUCCUCCAGUCUGUGUCCUCCGGCCUGACUGUCUCAGACACUGCUCUCCUGUUUCUUCUCUUGAUCCCUAUUGA